AUGAGCGACGUCGCCACGAAGGAGCAGCCUGAGGUGGCCGCUGCCGCCCAAGAGACUCAGACUGCCCAGGAGACCGCUCCUUCGGCCCCGGCGACUGAGACUGCUGAGGCUAAGGAGACCACUGAGCCCCAGAACGGCGCCGCUGCCGCUGAGACGAAGGAUGAGAAAGCCUCCGAGCAGAAGCCCCAGACCGGUCGGAAGGAAUUCAAGAAGAACAAAAAGUUCGAUCCUACUACCAUGCCUGUCACUGAUGACCCCGUCAAGAUUCGCGCUCAGGUUGAGUUCUACUUCAGCGAUAGCAACCUUCCCAUCGACAAGUUCAUGUGGGAGAGCACUGGCGGCGAGGCGAACAAGCCAAUGCCCCUUAAGACCAUCUGCAGCUUCAAGCGCAUGAGGCAAUUCCAGCCCUACAGCGCCGUCGUGGCCGCUCUGCGCGAGAGCAACUUCCUCGAGAUCUCCGGUCCUGAGGGCGAGGAGGUCGUCAAGCGCAAGGUUCCCUACAAGUCUUCGACCGAAGCGCAGAAGCGCCGCCUGGAGUCCAGCGUCUAUGUCAAGGGCUUCGGCGAGGAGGAGCCGUCGACGCAGUUCGACAUUGAGGCCUUCUUCGCUCCUUACGGUCCUAUUAAGAUGGUUAAGCUGCGUCGCACGGCCGAUGACACCUUCAAGGGCUCCGUCUUCGUAGAGUUCGAGAGCCCCGAGCUCGCGGACGCCUUCGUCAAGCUGGAUCCUAAGCCGACUUGGAAGGACAGCAAGGAACCUCUGAUCGUCAUGAAGAAGAUCGACUACCUGGAGGAGAAGAAUCGCCAGAUUAAGGAGGGCAUCAUUCAACCCAGCACCAGCCGCAAGCCGACUUUCUUCGAGGGCAGGGAGCGCGGUCCCCGUAGUCGUGGACGUGGCCGUGGCGGCCGCAACGGUAACGAUCGCAACAGCAACGACAAGAAGAACAGUGAUGAUCAGAAGAACGGCCACAAAAACGGCCGUGGCCGUGGUAGGGGUCGCGGUGGUCGUGGUGGCCGUGGCGGUUCCCGCGACAGCCACGAGAAGCGCGAGCAGAAGAAGGAGGAGACCCGUCCCAGCACCAAUGAUGUGCAAAUCCCGACCAUCCAGUCGACCGCCCCUAAGAACGGCGAGGCCAACGGCAAGCGCGCGCGCGAGGACGACAACGCUGAGGCUCCCCCGGCCAAGAAGGUCGACACCAAGGCUGAGGCCCCCGCUGUGUCGGCUUAA